CUUGAGAAAUUCAGAGGGGUAAACUGGUAAUUUGGAAGUAUGUCACCCCUGAGAUGAAAAGAGAUGAAAAUAGGAGAAAUCUCUUGUGCAGGUGGAAACAUUUUGAAAUAAGGAUGAGGAAUCACGGAUUUUGGCGAAGUAACAUUGGGUCAAUAAAAUCCUUGUCUGUAAAGAAAGAUUUCUCAACUGCUGCAGUAUCCACAGUGACGGGAAGAUUUCCUUUUUUCAGUCUUCUUCGAUAUUAUUCUACAGAGCUGCAGCCUCAAUUGUCUAUUGACCUCAUUAAAAUGAUGGACCAAAGGUUAUCUGCAAUUGAGAACAGGAAUGCUGAACUUCAGCAUUUUUUACAUCAGCCGGAAUUGACACCUUCUGAAUAUUCAACGGCCAACAAAGAGCUCAGGAAGCUCAGAGAUUCAGUAGAUCUCAUAAGCAAGUUAAGGGCAAAACAGAAGGAGAUUAAGGAACUGAAGUCAGUAAUAUCUGAAUGUCAAGAUGAAAAAGACAUGCAGCAGAUGGCUUCUGAAGAAUUGAGUGAAGCCACAGAAGAUGAGAAGAAAUUUCAGUUUCUCCUUCUGAAGUCAUUACUACCCAAAGAUGAUGCUGACGAGAGGGACUGCAUUCUCGAAGUGAGGGCAGGAACUGGAGGGGAAGAGGCUUCUUUAUUUGCGAUGGACAUAUUCAAAAUGUAUGAAAAAUAUUCUGUGAAAAAAGGCUGGAAGUACGAGGUUCUAGAAAUAGCUGAGUCUGAUCUUAAAGGAUACAAGGAAGCUAUUGCUUCUAUCUCUGGAGGUGGUGUGUACGGGAAACUAAAAUUUGAGAGUGGAAUUCACAGAGUUCAGCGGGUGCCUGUGACAGAGAAAGCUGGACGUGUUCACACCAGUGCUGUCUCUGUUGCAAUUCUCCCGCAGGCAGAUCUGCUAGAUGUGAAGUUGAGGAAUGAAGAUUUGAGAAUUGACACUUACAAAUCAGGGGGAUCAGGAGGUCAGCAUGCAAAUACCACGAACAGUGCUGUUAGAAUCACUCACAUGCCAUCAGGGAUAACUGUUUCCAUACAAGAUCAGCGCUCCCAGCAUAUGGAUUUCUCCCACUUAGACCCAAUAGCGGGUAGCACGAAGCACUCUAAGAUAUGGCACACUCUACUGCGUGCCAUCCCGCUCGACCUGGCAUGCAGAUUUGAUAGUUGUAUAACUCACCUCCAAUUCAGUUACCAAAUGCUUUUUGUGCGAAACUACAUUUCUUUUGCUGUUGGCAGUUACCCUUGAUCUAUUAAAACCUGAGCUCAUUUAACAUUUUGCUAGUUACUUGAGAUGAAUUUGCAGAAAUAAAUAAAGCUGUAACAUGAUUCCUCAAUUCUCUUGGUCUCCCUGAGGAACAUAUUUAGCAGUUUGAAGGAAUAAACAGAUUUUUAGGAUGUGUACCUCUUUUAGUAUUCUUAUAGUGUUCUUAGUUUUAUAUGAUAAGCCUAUUGCUCAUAUAGUUCAUUUAGGUAUGUGUGUUCCUUGGCAUCAUUGCUGAUUUUUCGGUUACGAGCCAUUCUAGCAUGAUAGUAUUUUUAGCCUCCACUAGCUUUGAUGUUUUUUUUUUCUUUCUGAAAAUCUUUCGCCCCCCCCCCCAAACCCCACACCCACUCAUUUGCUAUCUUUUGGCAUUU